GAACGGCCUGAAGAUUUCAUUUGAUGCAGAAACAACACCAGUCAUUGACUUGUGUUGUUUCUGUGCUUAACAGCUGAUAGAGUGGUCACAUGUCAAGCGCUGCAUGCGGCGUCGCACGCUUAUUCUUAUUAGCAUUUAGCAUUGAGGUUAUGUUUGUUUACAACUAAUAUUGUUCAAGUCUUUGUGAUUGCUUCAUUAAAACUUCUCUAUUGAAAUAAAAGUUAUAUCUAAAGUAAUACAUGUAGUAUGGCUGAUGAGGGAAUUGAGCAAUAUAGUAACAAAAGAAAGAAGGGAUCUACUAAUCCAUCUGAAUACAAAAGGAAUGUUGUCAAAAAAGCAAGAGUCAAGGGUGCAGCUUACGUCAAUUGGAAGAAUCAACAACAACCUGAAAUAUCUCAGGGAGCUGAUUGCAAAUGUAAACGUCGCUGCUAUGAUUUAAUCAAUGAAGAGGUUCGAAACAUGAUUUAUGCCAAGUUUAGGAGCUUUGAAACGAAAAACGAGCAGGACAGCUACCUUCAAAGCUUGAUCUCAGUUACUCCAGUAAAGCAACGUCGUCGUAGAAAAGACCAAGAUGAAUCAAAACAACCGGACAGAGGAGCCAUUGAUGUUUAUGAAAUUUCAAGUGUUAGUGGAAAAUACCAGGUAUGUAAAAAAGCCUUUGCUAACAUUCAUGGUGUAUCUUAUGAACGGAUUCGACGUCUGAAUCUACUAUUGUCCCUAGGAAAGCCACCACAAGACCAGCGUGGGAAAAAUAAAUCUGGGAAUGCUAAACCUGGUCAUUUCAUUGACUCCAUAAAGCAGCAUAUUUCUUCAUUUCCAAGCAAAGUGGCUCAUUACUCAAAAAAUGAGACUAAUUAUUUGAGUGAGAAAUUGAAUCUCCUGAUAAUGUAUAACCUCUUCAAAGAGAAGCAUCCUGAAUUAGGUCAAGUAUAGUUUUUAUAGAAAAAUUUUCCUGGAAAACUUUUCUCUCAAAUUUGGUCGUCCACAGGUUGACACAUGCGGUACAUGUGAGGCACUUAAUGUUAAAAUAAGAAACAGAUUUUUGAACGAUGCUGCAAAAAGAGUACAUGCAGCAGAAAAAAUGGUGCACAUCCGUAAAAGUAAGAAGUUUUUCAAAAAAAUAACAGAAAUCACUGAUUUAGCAAAACGUGAUCAUUCUGUGGGUGCUAUCUGUAUAGAUUACAUGCAGAAUUUGCAGCUUCCCACCAUACCAGUACAAGAGACAUUUUAUUUGAGGCAGUUAACUGUAUCUGUUUUCUGUAUUCAUAAUUUGAAAAAUGAUAAAGUGAAGUUUUUUGUUUACCAUGAAGGUAUGGCCACUAAAGGUCCAAAUGAGGUGACAUCUUUCAUUAUGCAAUACCUUGACACUUCGAUGGUUGGAGUAAAAGAUCUUCACAUUUUUCUGAUGGUUCUGGAUCGCAAAAUGAAAAUCACACACUUCUGCGAGCUAUGUCAGCCUUGGUUUCAUUGGGAAAAUUUAGAACAAUCAACCAAUAUUUCCCAAUAAGAGGACACACAUUCCUGCCUUGCGACAGAGAUUUUGCUGUUCUGAAGAGAAAGAUCAAGAAAUGUGACAGGAUAUACACUCUUAAACAGUGUAUUGAACUCAUCAUUGAGUCAAGUCCUAAAGAUUCAUUUAUUGUUGAAAUCCCAAAUUCUAAGAACAUUAUUGAUUAUAAAAGCUGGUGGCCAAAGUUCUAUAAAAAAAAUAUGCUGUCGAUUGAAACGAUGGGGAGACAUGUCCCUAGAGAAGAUAAAGUGAAUUUGAAGAUUAGCAAGUUCAUGGAAUUCACGCAUUCAUAUUCUAAUGAAGGAACUGUUUCAGCUCAUCGCUAUAUUGAUGGACUUGAGAGCCACACUUUUCGCUUACGGAACACAUAUUCAGAUGUUAUCACUCUCCCAGACGCAGUAGCCUACCCAGAAGGAUUUAUUCCCAUACUCCACACCAAAAUAAGUGACAUUAAGAAGCUCAAGGACUACCUACCAAAUGAAGAAGAAAUACAGGACUUUUAUAAUGAAAUAUUUGCUUGGCCGACCUGUGAAAGAGAACCUCUUGCCAAUAAUGAUGAUUAAAGUAGCAAAAAGGAACUUUAAUUUCCAUUGAAACUGAUCUAUUAUAUUUUUUAAUUUUACUUUCUAUUAUACUUGACAAAAUACAUCAUACAUUUAUAUAUAAAACUCAGUUUCAUUGAAGGAAUAUCCCAACUUACAAUGCUAAAGAUAGUUUAUUGCAGAAACAACAUAAGUCAAAUACUUUUAAAAUACCAUAAUACCACUUAUAUUUCAAUAUUUUUUCUGGAUUUUACAUUUAUUCAAUCCAAGCAACCUAGAGAUAUGAUAUACAUUUUUUUCAAAUUUUUAUUUUAAUGGGUUCAUAGUCUAUUUGGUUUUUUCUGAUUUCCCAAAAGUUGAUGAUUGGUGACUUAUGUUGUUUCUGAAAUAAACUAUUCAUUUGUGGAACGAGCG